AUGUGUAAGGUAGAGAAGAGUACGUUACCACCUAUGGCUCUUGUUGUACCUCAGACUACAAAACCUCAAUAUAUCAAGGCAUUUGAACCACAACAUGAAUUUCAUUGGACACCAACAGAUGAACCUCAUGCCACGCGUCGCAAAUUGAUCAUGGCGAAAUAUCCGGAAGUGAAAAAGCUUUUUGGUCAUUGUUGGAAGACAAAGUACAUUGUUACGGCAACUGUGAUAUUGCAAACAUACUUGGCACUUUAUGCUCAGUAUAUGUCGUGGCCUCUUUAUCUCGUUCUCAUGUACUGCAUCAGUGGUACAGCUAAUCAUGGAAUGAUGAUGGCCAUGCAUGAAGUUGCGCACAAUUUGGGAUUUAAAAAACCAUUUCACAAUCGAUUACUUGGUGUCUUUGCUAAUUUACCAAUUGGUUUACCGUCGUCUAUUUCUUUAAGGCGAUACCAUCUUGAACACCAUCGGUAUCAAGGCGAAGAUGGGGUGGAUAUGGAUCUACCAUCCGAAUUGGAGGCAAAGUUCUUUACAACAAAAGUCACAAAGUUUUUCUUUGUAGUCUUUCAACUCCUUUUUUACGCGAUUCGUCCAUUAUUUGUGAAUCCAAAGUCACCUGGUUUGUGGGAAUUCUUCAAUAUUGUUGUGUGCUUGGGUUACAAUUAUGUCAUCUACCUUUAUGGUGGAUUAUCGGGGUUAUGCUACCUCAUUUUGGGAUCACUACUGGGUGCUGGUAUUCAUCCUGUAGCAGGACAUUUUAUUGCUGAACAUUACGAGUUUAUCCUGGGGUACGAAACGUAUUCGUACUAUGGUAUUCUUAAUCGUCUCACGUUUAACGUUGGGUUGCACAAUGAACAUCAUGACUUUCCAUUUGUUGCUGGCUCACGUUUACAUGAGUUACGUGCAUUAGCGCCUGAGUUUUACGAGAAUUUACCAAGUCACGACUCAUGGAUUAAAGUGAUGGUAAAUUACGUCAUGGAUGACAAUGUGAAUGCAUAUUCACGUGUGAAACGCCACAAUCUCACGAAAGAAAUCAAAGACAAACUUAAAAACGAAUAG